AUGUACUGCUGUGACUUGUGUAAACCGCCUUCUACUCAAUACCGCCUCCUUCAGGCUGGAGUAGGGAACUGCAACCGAAGUGCUGUGCGCUCGAAGCGGUGGCGGCUUGCUCUCCACUCCCGGCAGGAGGCCAACCACAAGGAGCUCCAGGGACAAACAAUCUCGAAGCGUCCGAAUUAGAUUGCUUCUGCCUGGGUCAGGUGGACCGGACACGCCGUUCUUGCUUCUCGCCACUUUCCUGCUCGCUUUGACCGCACCUGCACCGAAGACAACACCGGGACUAUGUGAGCACAAUGCGGGCUGUGAGAUGCCUGCUGUUCGCUGCAGUGUUUGCACGGUGCUCCGUGACUGGUUUAAAGGAAAGGUGGCACCCCCCAGAUGAAGAUCAUGUGCAGCCCAAGAGGCUCCUGCACCAAAUCCACUCCCAAGAGGAGCUGCUCCACAGCCACCUCAACACCCGCGUCCAAAACUCCACAGCAGGGGCACAGCCCGUGCAUUUGGCUCACAGCAGCUUCCUGGUAGAGACCUUUGGCACCUCAUUUAUCCUCGACCUGGAACUCAACCACCAUCUCCUGUCUACGGACUACGUGGAGAGACACUUUGAAGACGAUGGACAGCCCUCGGAGGUUAAGGGCGGAGAGCACUGCUACUACCAAGGCCGUGUCCGAGGUCUGCCGGACUCCUGGGCCGCUGUGUCCACUUGUCAUGGACUGUGGGGAAUGUUCUCCGACGGGAAUGUCUCCUACGGGAUCCAACCUGCAGGCAGUGGCGAGGUGGACCACAUCGUGUAUCGAAUGCCUCACAUCCAACUCCUCCCUCCGCCUUGUCCAGAAUGCACCCAGCCUGAAGGACAGACAGGCGGCGACGGUGGCGGCGGUGGUGAUGACGGAGAGAGGAAAAGGUGGGAUGGAGACGACUUUGCUGAGCAGGAGAAGACAAAGCUCGCUAACCGUUUGAGACGCUCAAAAAGACAAGUACGGGGGGGUCAGCGCACCGUGCAGUCAGAGACCAAAUACAUUGAGCUGAUGGUCAUCAAUGACCAUGAACUGUUUGUCCAACAGCGUAGGUCCACACCUCAGACAAAGAACUUUGCCAAAGCGGUGGUGAACAUGGCGGACGCGAUUUACAAGGAGCAGCUCAACACGCGCAUUGUCCUCGUCGCCAUGGAAACCUGGUCCUCUGAGAACCGCAUCUCGGUGGGCGACGACGCCCUGCUCACGCUACGUGACUUCAUGAAGUACAGGAAGGCUAGCAUCCGGGAGCGCUGCGACACCGUGCACCUCCUCUCCGGGAGGACGUUCAUGAGCAGCCGCAGCGAGGCCGCCUACGUUGGUGGCGUCUGCUCGCUCAGCAGGGGCGGCGGCAUCAACGAGUUUGGUACUGUAGGUCCGAUGGCCAUCACACUGUGCCAGAGUCUGGGCCAGAACAUCGGCAUGCUGAGGAACAAGGACAGACCUGCUGCAGGAGACUGUAGGUGUCCAGACCCAUGGUUGGGGUGCAUCAUGGAGGACACCGGUUAUUACCUGCCGAGGAAGUUCUCUCGCUGCAGUGUUGACGAAUAUCUUCGCUUCCUGCAGCAAGGAGGUGGAAGCUGCUUGUUCAACAAGCCCAGCAAGCUCCUGGACCCCCCCGAGUGCGGCAACGGCUACGUGGAGCAGGGAGAGGAGUGCGACUGUGGAUCGCUCGUGGACUGUGCUCGGAGUGGCGCCAACUGCUGUAAGAAGUGCACGCUUACCCACAAUGCAAUGUGCAGCAACGGCCUCUGCUGCCGCGACUGCAAGUACGAGCUGAGAGGAGUGACGUGCCGCGAGGCCGUUAAUGACUGCGACAUCCCCGAAACCUGCACGGGCGACUCCAGCCAGUGUCCUUACAACGUCAACAAACUGGAUGGCUACACGUGUGAAGCCGGACAGGGUCGUUGCUACGGAGGCCGCUGUAAGACCAGAGACAGCCAGUGCCGCAGCCUGUGGGGCUACAACUCGGCUGACAGGUUCUGUUAUGAAAAACUCAACGCCGAGGGCACCGAGAAAGGAAACUGCGGUCCCGAGCCUGGCGGUCAGGGAUGGAUGCAUUGUAACAAACAGGACGUCCUGUGCGGUCUGCUGCUGUGCACCAACGUGACGGACAAGCCAAGCGUUGGCGAGCUGCAGGGCAAACUCACCAGUUUGACCAUCUACCACCAUAACCGAUACCUCGACUGUCGGGGGGGUCACGCCGUCCUGGAUGACGGCUUGGACCUGGGCUACGUGGAAGACGGAACGCCGUGUGGGCCUAACAUGAUGUGUCUGGAACGCCGCUGCCUCCAAGUCGCCACCUUCAACCUCAGCAUGUGUCCCGGCUCGUCGUCCUCGCGGAUCUGCUCCCAUCACGGCACGUGCAGCAAUGAGGUGAAGUGCAUCUGCGAUCGGGAUUACACCGGGAAGGACUGCAGCGUCUUUGACCCCAUUCCCAUUCCCACCCCACCUGAGGGACCGGAGAAAUACAAAGGUCCGAGCGGUACCAACAUUAUUAUAGGCUCUGUGGCUGGCGCUAUCCUGCUUGCAGCCAUCGUCCUGGGAGGAACCGGAUGGGGAUUUAAAAAUAUUCGCAGAGGAAGCCUGAGAAGAGGAGCCAACUGGAUUUUGUCCACGGCUGCAGCAGACAUCCACAUCCACGAGCCCUCCGCAAAGAUCAUGUUUGCCUGCUGUAUCGCCCCACUCCUGCUGCUGCUCAUUUUCUCCACGGUGGAAAGCAACCCCAGUCCUGUGGGAGAUGUAGUCGUGGACGCACACUUUAUCCCCCAGCUGUGCACACGGCAAGCCCAAAAUGGAGAUCAGGUUCGGUACCAUUACAACGCUACUUUUAUCGACGGAAAAAUCUUUGAUUCGAGCCACCAGCGAGGGGCCGCCAAGGUGGGUCUCCUCGGGGAGGGUCGCCUCAUCGCCGGGAUAGAGAAAGGUCUGCUGGGGAUGUGCGUCAACGAGAGGAGGACCCUCACCGUGCCGCCUCACCUGGCCUACGGCAGCGAUGGGGCAGGUGACGUGAUCCCCCCCGACACCACCCUGGUCUUUGACAUCCACCUUUUGGACCUGUGGAACCAGGCUGAUCUGGUGGUGACCAAAACCAUCAGCACCCCGAAGCACUGCAAGCGCUCGGUGAUGCGCACCGACUUUGUGCGCUACCACUACAACGGCACACUGCUGGACGGCACCACGUUCGAUUCCAGCUACGUCAGGAAGCAGACCCGCGACUCCCUAGUGGGCGAGGGCUGGCUGAUCAAGGGCAUGGAUGAGGGCCUGCUGGGAAUGUGUGUGGGUGAGAUCAGGAAUAUCGUCAUCCCGCCCUUUAAAGCCUACGGAGAAAAAGGCUCAGGUACAGAGAUCCCCCCUCAGGCCACUCUGGUGUUUGAUGUCCUGCUGGUGGACAUUCACAACCCGAAAGACAACAUCACCAUCGAGGACCAGGUGGUGCCCGAGUCAUGCGCGCGUAGGACGGUUGCAGGCGAUUACAUCCGUUACCACUACAACGCCAGCUUCCUGAAUGGCGUGACCUUUGACACUAGCUACCAGAGGAACAGUACAUACAACACCUACAUCGGGAUGGGCUACGUGAUAGCAGGCAUGGACCAGGGCCUGCAGGGGGUCUGCAUGGGGGAGCGGAGGAGGGUCACAAUCCCACCACAUCUGGCAUACGGAGAAGGUGGAGCAGGCCAUGUGAUCCCGCCGUCCGCCGUGCUGGUUUUCGACAUCCACGUCAUCGACUUCCACAACCCGAGCGACAAAGUCGACAUCCAGGUUCUCCACCGACCCGAUGCGUGCAACGAGACCACGGCCGUCGACGACCUUGUCCGCUACCACUAUAACUGCACCCUGAUGGACGGCACGCCACUCUUCUCAUCACAUGACUACGAGCACCUCCAGGAUGCGGUUCUGGGCUCCGACAAGGUGAUCGACGGCCUGGAUGAGGGCUUGCGGGGCAUGUGCGUCGGGGAGAAGAGGCUGGUGACGGUGCCUCCUCAUUUGGGCCACGGAGAACGAGGAGCCACGGGCGUCCCCAGCAGCGCCGUGCUGGUGUUCGACAUCGAAAUGGUGAGCUUCGAGAAGGGUGUGCCGCCCGGGUACCUCUUUGUGUGGCUGGAGGACAGCCCCGUGGACCUCUUCCUGGCACUGGACGCCAACAAGGACGGGGAGGUCCCUCAAGAGGAGUUUGAAAACUUCAUCAAGCUCCAGGUGUCAGAGGGCAAAGGUCGCCUGAGGCCCGGGUUGACCGCCGAGCAGGUGAUCGGCGACAUGUUCGCCAACCAGGACCGCAACAAAGAUGGCCGCAUUACGGCAGACGAGCUCAAGCUGAAGGUGGACGAGGACAAAGAGCGCCAACAAGCGCAGCAUGACGAGUUGUGAUGGCGGCCCCGACCCAAUUCCUCGUCUCAGGGACAAAAAAAAAGGACACAAGAGACUUCUACAGUUUGUUUAUGUAACUUUUAGCUGGGGGGGGCGGAUCUGGUGUUCUUUUUGGGGGGGGGGGCUAGACAAACAAGCACCUUGUUUUGAAACAUUCCCAGCUUUAUAGCCAUGCUAAGCUAUCACAAAGGUAAGUGAAUAGCACAAUACAAAAUAACUACAGUAGCGUUGUCCCUUGAACUCACCAAAUGUUCCAACCCCCCCUCACCCCCCCCAAAAAGAUACUAUUUUCAAUAAAU